AUGGCGCAGCUCGACACCCUGGACAUUGUUGUCCUGGCCGCUCUCCUGCUCGGAACCGUUGCCUACUUCACCAAAGGGACAUACUGGGCAGUCUAUGGCGACCCGUACGGCAGCUCGCUGGCGAACGCCAACGGCGCGGCCAAGGCGGGCAAGUCCCGGAACAUAAUCGAGAAGAUGGAGGAGACGGACAAGAACUGCGUUGUCUUCUAUGGCAGCCAGACCGGUACUGCCGAGGACUAUGCAUCCCGUCUGUCCAAGGAGGGCCACUCUCGCUUCGGCCUCAAGACCAUGGUCGCAGAUUUGGAGGAGUACGACUUUGACAAUCUGGACCAGCUGCCCGAAGACAAACUCGCCAUCUUUGUUCUCGCAACCUAUGGCGAGGGUGAGCCCACCGACAACGCCGUCGAGUUCUACGAAUUUAUUGGGUCGGAGGACAUCAGCUUCAGCGAAGGUGGCAGCGCCGACGACAAGCCCCUCAGCAAGCUCAACUACGUCGCCUUCGGUCUCGGUAACAACACGUACGAGCACUACAACUCCAUGGUUCGCAAUGUGGACAAAUACUUGACAAGGCUUGGCGCACACAGACUCGGUGACGCUGGUGAGGGUGACGAUGGUGCUGGUACCAUGGAAGAGGACUUCCUCGCAUGGAAGGAGCCCAUGUGGACUGCCGUCGCAGAGAAGAUGGGCCUCGAGGAGCGUGAGGCCCAAUACGAGCCUGUCUUCGAGGUCACCGAGAAGCCGGAGCUCAGCGCCGAGGACGAUACCGUCUAUCUUGGCGAGCCAAACAAGAACCACCUGGAGGGCAACCAAAAGGGCCCCUUCAACGCCAACAACCCUUACAUUGCCCCCAUUGUCGAGUCCUACGAAUUGUUCACCACAGCCGAAAGGAACUGCCUUCACAUGGAGAUCGACAUCACUGGCUCCAACCUAUCGUACACCACUGGUGACCACAUCGCUAUCUGGCCCAACAACGCUGGCAAGGAAGUUGACCGCGUCUUCAAGGUCCUCGGAAAGGAAGACAAGCGCCACACCGUUAUCACUGUCAAGGGUCUCGAUCCCACUGCCAAGGUCCCGUUCCCAUCGCCUACUACCUACGACGCUGCUAUCCGCUACCACGUCGAGAUUGGCGCCGCCGUCUCCCGUCAAUUGGUUUCCACAAUUGCUCAAUUUGCCCCAACUGAAGAGAUCAAGGCUGAGAUGGUUAAGCUUGGUAGUGACAAAGACUACUUUAAGGAGCAUGUGGCGGACCGCAACCUCAACUUGGCACAGCUGCUUGAAAUCGCUGGCAAAGGUCAGACCUGGUCUAAGAUUCCCUUUUCGUUCCUGUUCGAAGGUCUUGUCAAGAUCCAGCCGCGUUACUACUCUAUCUCCUCUUCAUCGUUCGUCCAGAAGAACAAGGUCUCAAUUACUGCCAUCGUUGAAUCGCUGGAGAAGCCUGGCGCGCCGCAUGUUCUCAAGGGUGUGACCACCAAUUACCUCCUGGCUCUGAAGCAGAAGCAGCACGGUGACCCGAACCCGGAUCCUCACGGCUUGAACUACGCAAUCACUGGCCCUCGCAACAAGUACGACGGUAUUCACGUUCCUGUACAUGUACGGCACUCGAACUUCAAGCUCCCAUCGGAUCCAUCUAAGCCAAUUAUUAUGGUUGGCCCUGGUACUGGUGUGGCACCUUUCCGCGGCUUUGUCCAGGAGCGUGCCGCCCAAGCGAAAGCUGGACAGAACGUCGGAAAGACUAUUCUGUUCUUCGGUUGCAGGAAACAGAGCGAGGACUUCAUGUACGCGAACGAGUGGAAGCAAUAUAAGGAGGAUCUCGGCGAUAAAUUCGAGAUGCAUACCGCUUUCUCGCGAGACGGACCCAAGAAGGUUUACGUCCAGAACAAAAUCGAGGAGUAUGGCGAGGAGGUCAACAAGCUGCUCGAGCAAAAAGCUUACUUUUACGUGUGCGGUGACGCAGCGCAUAUGGCUCGCGAGGUCAACACUCUGCUCGGUAAGAUUAUUGCCAAGUACCGCGACGUCUCAGAAACCAAGGGCGAGGAGAUUGUCAAGGCAAUGAGAGCGUCCAACCAGUACCAAGAAGACGUGUGGUCAUAG